AACAAUUGAAUUAUAAUUGAAACUGAGAAGUAUUCUGUCUUGAUUUACAGACCAAGUUUGAGAUUUGCCACACAAUAUGAGUAAUUAUCGUCUUUUACGAAGAGAAGUUGAAGAUAGUGAAAAACGUAUUGAAAUUAAAGUUUAUCGAACUACUAGGGGUGUCAGACAUGUUGGAUUUGCUGUUUUUAUUGAUGAUAAAUGGAGGUACACACUGGAUUAUGGACCAGCUGAUUAUAUAUUAGGAAUCAUUGGGUCAAGAGCCCAGAUUAAAGUAAAUAUCAUGUCCGAUAAGCCUACAGAUGUAAAAACCGCUGGAAUUCAAUAUUUAUAUACCCGAAAUGAGCCUAACUGGAAACAAAAAGCCUUAUCUAAAAUAGACGAACUUUUACAACCCACAAACGAAAUUUACAAACUUUUUAGUACUAAUUGUUCAAAUGAAGUUCGACAAAAAAUAAAUAAGGAUGACCCAGGUGGAAAUCAAAUUCUUAAAGAAGCAGAAACGAUUCAGUCGGGUUUGAUUGUUGGUGGUGCCGUCGGUUGUGCUAUAGUUGUAGGAGUGUCAGCGUUGGUAUCACGUCAUUUGAAAAAGGACAAAGAAAAAGAAAGGGAAACCCGUUAUUAA